AUGGCUUCCAAAGCUUUACAAAAUCUAAAGCGGUUCUCAACAUGCGAUAUUGGUGACGCACUUGUGAAACUCAAGCACCCAUAUGGCGGGUUUCUUGAUGGUCUCAGAAUAUUUUCUCCCAAACCUGGUACUAGUAUCUACGGUCCUCUCGUCACUGUGAAGAUGGUUGAAACCAAGAGCCCGGAACCAAGCUCGCCAUUGCAUUUCGCAGAUGCCAAUAAGCCCGGCCAUGUGAUGUACAUUCAGCAACCCAGGGGACUGCCAUCAGCAUGCUGGGGAGGACUUAUGUCCACACGUUCUCAGAAAUUAGGCGCCCUCGGGGUCGUCAUCGAUGGUCGUGUGAGGGAUGUACAAGAACACCGCGAUCUUUCCUUCCCAGUUUUUGCACGAGGAACUUCUGUCCUGGGCUCGAACACAUUCACGCGUGCCUCCGAAAUCAAUGUGGCGCUACAGUUUCGUGGUGACUUAUGGAUUCACCCGAACGACUUACUGAUUGGUGACGAAAAUGGAGUAGUUGUCGUCCCUCCGUCCUUGAUGGAGCAAGUUGUGGAGCUCUGUCAGGAGCGCUAUGAAAUUGAUAAAAAGACAUUUGCCGCUUUGCGAGCGGGUGAGCCGAUGGGACCCACAAUCAAGCGACUUCGCAACAGGCGGUAUGUAUCGAAACAGCACAGCCUCCCAGCAGCCUAUUACCGCGGUGGCACUUCUCGCGCUGUGAUCUUCAAUGAGGCCCAUCUUCCUUCUCGGCCCCAAUGGGACGAUAUAUUUCGCGGUGUCAUUGGUAGUCCCGAUCCAUAUGGCCGACAGCUUGACGGUCUUGGUGGAGGUAUCUCCAGCCUAUCUAAAGUGUGUGUUGUGGGGGAGUCUACACACCCCGAUGCCGACGUUGAUUACACUUUCGUAUCGCUCAGCGUCAAGGGAACCGAUGUUGACUACUCCAGCAAUUGUGGGAACAUGAUAAGUGCCAUCGGCCCAUUCGCUAUUGAUCAAAAACUUGUUUCGCCAAACAAGUCGGACUCAGCCGCUGUUCGCAUCCACAACACAAACACUGGCAAAGUGAUCACUGCAACCUUCUCAAUAGUGGAUGGGGAGGCAGCGUCCGGAGGGGAUUUUACAAUUGAUGGUGUUGCUGGUACAGGGUCUCGUAUCCAAUUGGAUUUCGUGAAUCCGGCCGGUUCAGUCACUGGAAAGAUGUUACCGACAGGAAAUGUGAAAGACGAGUUCGACGGUAUCCCAGCUACUUGCAUUGAUGUUGCAAACCCAUGCGUUUUUAUUCAAGCAAGUGAACUGGGCGUUCGAGGAGAUCUAACGCCAGAAGAAAUUAGUUCUCACCCAGAUCUUCUUAAUCGACUUGAUUCGAUUCGGCGCCAAGCUGGAGUCAAAAUGGGCAUCGCCGCGACAACCGAGUCGGUCCCUGGAAGUAUCCCGAAGAUUUGCAUUGUUUCAGCGCCAGAUUCCUCCGAUCAGGCCACGCCUAUUGAUUUAGUUGUGCGGGCCAUAUCUGUUGGGCAGCCACACAAGGCUGUGCCAAUCACUGUUGCACUGGCUAUCUCCUCGGCUGCCCGCGUUACUGGCAGCACGGUUGAAGCUGCGAGCCGCGGGAGGCAGAUCAAUGAUGCGGGUAUCACAAUAGGCCAUGCAAGUGGGGAUUUGCUCGUUGGAGCUCAAUUUGAAAAAGGCGAGCUAGUUGCAGCAACAGUCUUCCGAACCGCGCGUCGCUUAUUCGAGGGCAAUAUUUACUGGAAGGGUUAG